AUGCCUACGACAAGAAAAAAGGUCUCUAAAAUUGUUUAUAAAGACGAAAACGAUAGUGAACCUGAUGGCGAUUUUAGUGACUCGGGUUCUGAGGCAGUUAUUUCGUCCGCGUCCAGCUCAAAUGAAGAUCCUGUUUCCUCGGCUGAUGAAUUCAAAGCAAUAAAGAGCGAAAGGCGUGUUCAACAUAAAAGGCCGAGUAAGCCAAAGAUCAGGCCGCAUUUAACAAAAUCUCUUCUACAGACAAUCCAAAAGCAGGCCGAUUUAAGUAUUGAAAAUGAUAUUGACACACCCCAGAUUUCAGUAAAAGAUUUAACCGAUGCAGACAAACUCUUACCGUCUAUUCUAAAUCUUUCUGAAAGUGAUAGCAGUGAAGAUGAGGCACCAAAACUUAAAACACAAAAGAAAGUAUCUAAAACAGUAUUUUCCCAAUAUCAAGAUUCGGAUAAAGAAGACUCAAAUAUAACAGAGUACAAGGAUGUCUUUUCUAAUACUUUUAAACCAGAUGACAGUGAAGAGAUUGCAAGAAAUGCAUUUUUAGAAUUAGAAAAACAUAAAAAUAAAGUUGAAGAAGCUAAGAGUUCUAUCCAAAAAUACUGUAUAAAAAAUAAUCAGCAAGAAGCAAAUGUUGAAGAUCUUCUUGCUUUGGGUGGUGAUGUUAUAACUGAAGAGCAUACAAUACCUAAAAAGAAGACUCGGAAUGUGGCUGAUGAUAGUGAAUCAGACAUAGAAGAUUGGGAAGAAGUUAAUGAGAAUAAAGCAACAGAAGGGAUACAAUUGUUAGUAAACAUUCCUGGCACAGUUUGCAAAAGAUCUAAGAAGCUUGAUGUUGAAAUGAUGAUGAAAAGAAAAAUUAAUCGUGUGAAAAAAGAGCAACAGAUAUUUAUGCACAAGGUACAUGUAUUGUGUUGGCUAGGCCAUGGUAAUUAUGUAAGCAAAGUUAUAAAUGAUCAGGAUAUUUUGUCAGCUGUACUUUCAUUAGUACCAUCCAAAGAGUGCUAUCCAGGUGACAGAGUGGAUAUGAAGUAUCUAGAACAGAUCACAACAUGGUUUCAUGAGAAAAUUAUGUUAAAUCAGGACAAACAUGAAAACAAAUUUCGAUCUAAAGCACCCCCACUGAAAACAACAUUAUUGGAACAGAUUCGAAAAAAAGUGUUUACUACAAAGAAAUACAUUGUGUUUGUCUUUGUGUCUUUACUAAGGGCACUUGGAUUACAAUGCCGUGUAAUGUUUAACUUUAUAACUGUACCUAUUCGACCACCAAACUCUGAACUAUGUUCUCUUUCUAUAAAAGAAAAUGAGCAAAAGGUAAAUGAUAAACAGCCUGCUAAAAAGGGGACAAAGAAUUCAGCUCAAAAGAGUAAAAUACCUCAGCUAGAUGGUGCUUAUGAUCAGAGCUCAUGUAGUGAUAUGGAAGUUGACAAUAUUAUGCAAGUAGAUGGGAAUGAUGAUAUUUCACCAGUGAAGACAAGAACACGAAGUCAAAAGCAUACUGUUAAAGACACAAGUAUAAAUCACGAGGUAUCACCUCCCAAGAGAUCCAAGAGAUCGAAAAGUACAGAAAAUAAACUAAAUAGUAAAACUGAAAGUUUAUCUUCCCAAAAGGCAGUCAGAAAUACAAGAAGUAAAAAGAAAACUGAAGUAAACAAAGACAAGCCCAUUUUAAUUGAGCCCCCUAAAAUUGUUAUAACAAAAGCGGUCAAUGAAAAAACUUCCAGUGCAUAUUUUGAAAAUCCUAAAUCCAACCAACCAGGUAGGAAAAGGACGAGAACAGAUUCAAGUGAAAAUAAAAGAGAUAUAGAUAAAGUUAAAACACGAAAUAAGAGCGCUCCUGGUAUUUCGUUAAAUACAAGCAAAUACUUUGACAAAGAGACAAAUGCCAAUAAUAGGCCUACUAGAUCAAAAGGGAGAAAACAAGAUGUAGUAGAAGAUAGUCAAAGAAUUAGUCAUAAAGACUUGAAAAAAGAAAACGCAAAAUCAAAAAAUGAUGUGAAAGAUGAUUUGAUUCAUAUUAUAAAAAGUAAAGUAAAAGAGGCAAAAAAUAAAACAAAGUCAUUACAAGUAAAAGGUAAAACAAAGGAUGAAUCAGACAAUGAUAGUGACUAUCUUCCAGUAGAAUCGCUUAAUCAUAAACGAUCAGGUAGUAGUGAUGAUUUCAAACCCAGUAAGAUUAGCCCAAAAGCCAGCACCAGCAAGAAAAAAGACAGAAGAGUGUUCUCUACUGAUGAUGAAUUACCACAAAAUAAGAUAGAUGUAUGGUGUGAAGUGUUUGUUGAAGAAUUAGAGGAGUGGAUUGCUGUUGAUGUUGUCAGAGGAAAAGUUCACUGUGUUAAUGAGAUUUAUAGUAAGUCUACCCACCCAAUGACAUAUACUAUUGGAUGGGACAACAACAACUAUUUGAAAGAUUUGACUCGCCGUUACGUACCUCAAUGGAACACAGUAACUCGUAAACAGCGUGUCGAUAACUUGUGGUGGACCACUGCUAUUAAGCCCUGGUUGGGACCAAAAACUGCCCGAGACAGAGAGGAGGAUGAGAGAUUAGAUCAGAUGCAAUUAGAAGCACCGUUACCCAAAGCCAUUUCAGAAUACAAAAAUCACCCACUCUAUGCACUGCAACGACACCUGUUAAAGUUUGAAGCAAUAUACCCACCUGAUGCAGCAGUUUUGGGCUUUGUUCGCAAGGAACCCGUUUAUGCGCGGGAGUGUGUCUAUGUUUGUCGUUCUAGAGACACUUGGCUUAAGGAGGCGAAAGUUGUAAAACUUGGAGAAAAGCCGUAUAAAAUUGUCAAGGCUAGACCAAAAUGGGAUAAGCUUUCAAACAAAAUGAUAACUGAUAAGCCACUAGAAGUGUUCGGACCAUGGCAAGUGCAAGAUUAUGAACCACCAACAGCUGAGAAUGGUAUUGUGCCUAGAAAUGCAUAUGGCAAUGUUGAACUUUUCAAAGAGUCCAUGCUGCCUAAAGGAACUGUCCAUAUUAAAUUACCUGGUCUAAAUAGGGUUGCCAAAAAGUUAAACAUCGAUUGUGCACCCGCCAUGACUGGUUUUGAUUUUAACGGUGGCUAUACGCACCCCGUGUUCGACGGCUUCGUUGUGUGCAAAGAAUUCGAAGAAAUUAUCACUGAGGCUUGGAUUAAGGAUCAAGAAGACCUAGAGAGAAGAGAAAGAGAAAAGAUUGAAACCAGAGUAUAUGGUAACUGGAAGAGACUAAUAAAAGGAUUGUUGAUUCGAGAAAGGCUUAAUGCUAAGUAUGGUUUUGAAAACCCCACCACAUCACAAAGUAAGAAGAAACCAAAAGGACCUCGCUUUGUGACCACAAAAAAGUCAUAA